AUGCAGAACAGGGCCAGUCUAAGCCUCUGUGCCCUCUUCCUCCUCGCAGGCUUUCUGAUGAUCUGCUUGGGGGGCUACUUCAUCUCCAACUCUGUAGUCCACUCUCAGAGGAAUCUGGUCAUGGCCUACGUGCUUCUGCCUAUGGGGUUUAUGAUCCUCCUGAGUGGAAUUUUCUGGGCCACUUACCGCCAAGCAAAUGAAAACAAAGAGAUGUUCAACUACGUGCUGAGACAGCACCUUGCAUCCCAGGACCUGCCCCUGGCCACAAUCGACAGGCCCAGCUUUUAUCCCCCGACUUAUGAAGAAAGCCUGGAUGUUGAGAAACAGGCCUGCCCUGCAGGCAGAGGCCUCCUGGGAUUUCCUCCUCCUCUAUAUUCAGCAACAAACCUGGAUCUUGUAGAUGAAGACGACCUGCGACCCGAGGCCCCACCACCCUACCAGGAGUGCACGGCAGAUGCAGUAGUGUCAGCAAAGACACAGGAUGCCGAGGGACCAAGCACAGAGCCAAAGGCAGGGCCUGCUCUCCAGCCCUCUGAACUCACCAGCUGCUGA